AUGGGGCUUCAUGGCUUUGGGCACUUUUCUGAUGCGAUUCGAUUCUUUUGGGAAAAUUUUUUUUGGGAACACGCAAGCGACUCGAACGCGACAUCGGCCGUGAGCAAGCAGAAGAGCGAAGCCGUAAAGUGCACUGACUUGAUGACACCUCCAGUGCCCCGCAACCGACGAAGCCGCAUUCUCGGUUGUCAUCCUGCUGCAGAUUCUGUCAAUCUCACAAUAAACAUGUACUUUGGCCAAUCUGCCCCACAACAGCGUCCCCUCGACGCAGGCCUUGGACCAGCCCCAAACCCUCCUCAACGUCGUCGCUUCCGCCGACGGGCUUCGGGCCGAGGCUGGUCCGACUGGCCAACCGAAAGGUCAGAGCGAGAAACACAUGCACAACGAGGGUGUGCAAUGCCAAAAUCGGUUAAAUGGCAUCAGUUGGGUAUGUUUGCUGUCAACGCAGAUGCAGCCCCUUUGCUGUUGAGACGAGGUCUCCAAUAA